AUACCAGCCAAUACUAACUCCAGUGGAACACGUUUAAACCCCUUUGAUAACGACGUCAACUUAGCUAUUACCACCGUCACAAGGCUCCAAAACGUUCCAUCAGCUAUCGUACGAAUCCCAUCACCCUCGUUGCUGUACUGCAUUCCAUACAUUUUUACUUUGCCUUCUCAUUAGUACACCCAAAUUCGUUCCUUUUCCUCCAUGAGGCAAGCUGUUAGAUCGUGAUGACCUCUUUCAAUCACCCGUACACACCCUACCCGAUUCAAAUCGACUUGAUGACAGCAAUCUACGAAACCAUCGACGGCAACUACAAAGUAGGAAUCUUUGAGAGCCCCACAGGAACCGGCAAAACCCUCUCCAUCAUCUGCGCAACCAUGACAUGGUUGCGUGAGUACAAGCGGAAACCGGUACAGGACAGCGACGAUGAACCGGAAUGGGUCAAGAAAGCCUACCGAAAAGCGGUCUUGGAUCGCGCUCUGUCAGCGGCCGAGCGCUACGAGCGCCACCUCCAGGAACUAGAGAACCUGUCGCAGCCUGUCCAUGCCUUGGAGCCGCGAAAGAAGAAGCCCAGGCCGAAAGACGACGACGACUUUAUCCCAGAUGACUACUAUAGUGACGACGAGACCAUCCAGUCUAAAAGCGAUAAAAUGCAACAGGAAAUUCAGGAGUUGCUUCUCAAGGUGGACGGGAGGCAAGACUCUGCGGAAUUGGUCAAUGAAUGCGACGUGAGCAUUCUCUUCAGCUCGCGGACACACUCGCAGUUAAACCAGUUCGCGAGCCAGCUACGCCUCGCAGACUUCCCCUCCUCCUUUGAAGGCCCCGAGCGGGUCAAGUUCCUUCCGCUCGCCUCGCGCAAGCAGUUGUGCAUCCACCCGAGGGUUUCUAAGUACAAGGACGUUACUGCGAUCAACGACGCCUGCGUGGACUUGCAAAAGGGGGGUAAAGAAGGCUGUGAAUUCCUUCCAAAGACGGAGUCUGGUUUGGUUAAGCAAUUCACCGACUUGAAUUUCACCAAGAUCCGCGAUAUCGAGGACUUGGGCCGCCUUGGCGAGGACUUGCACGUGUGUCCAUACUACUCCGCCCGUAGCGGCGUGGCGCUUUCGGAGAUUGUUGCGCUUCCGUACCAGCUUCUCCUCCAGAAAUCCACGCGGGAAUCCAUCAAGCUCUCGCUCAAAAACGCCAUCGUGGUGAUAGACGAGGCGCACAACUUGUUAGACGUAAUUUCGGCAAUGCACUCUGUCUCGGUGAAACUCUCGGAGUUGCAGCAGGUCGAGGAGCUGCUCCGGUUUUACAUGAAAAAGUUCCUGGGUCGGCUAAAUGGAGGGAAUCGUAUUAAUUUGACAAAGUUGAUGAAGAUGGUGAUUAUUUUGAAAGCAUUUAUGGUGAAUGAGGUAAAAAAAGAUAAGGUUGCUCCUGGGAAGGAGAUCCCGGUGUUUGACAUCUUCCACGGUACCACCGGCGACUUGCUCAACCUCCACAAGCUAGACAAAUACGUUUCGGCGUCCAAAAUCGCCUAUAAAAUCGAAAACUACAUUGAAAAGCUCGCACAGGACGGAAAGCGCAGCGCUACCCCGUUGUUAUUCAAAAUUAUCAGCUUCUUAAAGUGUCUCACCAAUCCGUCACAGGAGGGUAAGUUCUUCUGGGACGGGGACUCUGACGUUUCCAUCAACUACAUGUUGCUCGACCCCAGCGAGAUGUUCCGCGACGUGGUGGAGCAGGCCAAAUGCGUCCUUCUCUGUGGUGGGACCAUGGAGCCGAUGUCAGACUAUGUAGACUACCUCUUUCCGUACCUUGAACCUGCCAGUAUUAAACAGUUUAGCUGUGGCCAUGUGAUUCCUCCGGAAAACCUCAACGUGUACACUGUCUCCAAAGGCCCCAGGGGGGGGAGCUUUGAGUUUUCCUUCGACCGGCGGGGAAGCGCAUCCAUGGUUGAGGAGCUAGGGCUAGCAUUGAUCCAGCUCGCCAGGACGGUCCCGGACGGAAUGGUUGUCUUUUUUCCCUCGUACAAAUACCUUAGCGAGAUUACCAGCGGGGUGUGGAAGGCCAAGGUGUGGAAGGCGCUCAACGGGAUUAAGCCAGUGUUUAUGGAGGCAAGCGACAAGGAUGUGUUAGGGGAGUACACCAAUGCGAUUACAAGCGGUACCGGGGGCAUUUUACUAUCUGUCGUGGGCGGAAAGUUGUCUGAAGGGAUCAACUUUUCCGACAAACUCGCGCGGGCGGUGGUGAUGGUGGGCUUACCGUUCCCUAACGCUUUUUCCGGAGAACUUGUAGCCCGUCGUAGAUACAUUGAGGAUGCGGUGGCCCUGCGUGGGGGACUGAAAGAGGCCGCUAAGGAGGCAGCUCGCAAUUUCUACGAAAACAUCUGUAUGAGGCUGGUAAACCAGUGCGUGGGGCGGUCUAUCCGACACAUCGGCGACUACUCAACCAUCUACUUGUUUGACUCCCGGUACCGAAAUCCGCGGAUCGAGAACAAGCUCUCAGGCUGGGUGAAGGGCCGGUUGAUGAAACAAGCGGAUGUGUUCCACGCGAUUCUCAAGUCCACGCUGGAGUUUUUUGCCGCAAAGGAAUAAACUUGGUCUGCCAUAAUCGCAGCGAGCUUCUCGUUCUGGAUCAGGAGGCAUCCUACGCAAUUGAAUCUAAGUGGGUCCUUUGUCUUUCUGUUAUGCCCAGCUAAUAGGUUACCAGCAAAGUUCUCUAAUAAAACUAGUUCAAACAUAGCAUUUGCUAGGGGUGUAACGAAAGUAAUAAUAAAACUGGCAUAAAACUGGCAUAAAACUCUACAGCGCUCAGAGGGGAAGAGUUCAUAGGGGUAAUUAAACA